GAAAGUCCAAAGGUUUUCCCCUUCUUCCCAAUUAACAUUGGAGCAGAACGUGGAACCUCUUAUAAAACAAAUAAAGUACACCACAGUCCCAACUGUUGUUGUUCCUCGUUUCUCUUUCUCUGCUUCGUUAUUUGUUGUUAAUUAUAGUUGAAUCAAUGCUCACAUUUUGGUGUGGAUCUUUGUGUUAUUCACAAGAUUGAAGAUUUGGGUUUUAUUGUGCAUUUGCAUAUCCAGUCACCGAGCUCUACUGGGUACUGCGAUUUGGUGGUCUCAGUUGAAUAAAAAGAAUGUUUGCUGCCGCCGCUGCGUCGGCGAGGAGCCGCCUUAGGGCUCCUAGGCUUCUCCCUCCGAGUGCUGGUGCUGGCGCUGCCGCUCUCUUACGUUCUUACCAGCGGCCUCCUAAUCUUCUUUUUCGCAUUUCAACAAACACUAAUCCAACUACGGCUGUCGGGGGUGGUGGCCGAUGUCUUCUCCACAGCAAUAGGAACCGGAAUUUCGGAAGAGCCCUUGUCACGGCCUUCCUUUCUGAUUCUCCAUCUUCGUCGUCCUCUUCUUCUUCUUCUCCUCCUCCCGGCAAAGCCGCCAACCCUUAUUCUUUACAUCAUCCUAGUUCCAUGCUGAAUGGGCGCCUUUUGUUCUCUACCUCAAUCUCCAAAACUGAUACUUCAGAUAGCAACAAGAAUAACGCGACAGUAGCCCUAAAGUUUGAGAAACCUAAGGCACCUCCCGAGAACCAAGUCGCCGACGUGAAAAUCCUCCGUACUCUUGCCAGUUACUUAUGGAUGAAAGAUAACCCCGAAUUCCGUCUCAGAGUCCUCACUGCCUUGGCUUUUCUCGUUGGCGCCAAGGUUUUGAACGUCCAGGUGCCCUUCCUCUUUAAGCUUGCUGUUGAUUGGCUAACAACCGCUACCGGCAAUGCUUCUGCUCUCGCUUCCUUUACUACUGCCAAUUCAAAGGCUUUAGCUCUUUUUGCCACCCCAGCUUCUGUUUUGAUUGGAUAUGGGAUUGCACGGUCGUGUGCUUCUGCUUUCAACGAGCUGCGGACUGCCGUAUUUUCUAAGGUGGCCUUGCGAACAAUUCGAUCGGUAUCUAGGAAAGUGUUUUCACAUUUGCUUGAUCUUGACCUUCAAUAUCAUCUUAGUCGACAAACAGGUGCAUUAAAUCGAAUUAUUGAUCGCGGUAGCCGAGCUAUAAAUUUCAUUCUCUCAUCUAUGGUGUUCAAUGUUGUACCCACCAUCUUAGAGAUAUCUAUGGUAUCAGGUAUACUGGCGUACAAGUUUGGAGCACCUUUUGCAUGGAUUACUUCGACGUCAGUUGCUGCAUAUGUCGCUUUCACAUUAAUCGUGACACAGUGGAGGACAAAGUUUAGACAGGCCAUGAAUAAAGCUGAUAAUGAUGCAAGUUCAAGGGCAGUCGAUUCACUUAUUAAUUAUGAGACUGUCAAAUAUUUUAACAAUGAAGCAUAUGAAGUUGAUAAAUAUGAUGAGUACUUAAGGAGGUAUGAAGAUGCUGCUUUAAAAACACAACGUAGCCUUGCAUUGUUGAACUUUGGCCAAAAUAUAAUAUUUAGCACAGCUCUGUCAACAGCUAUGGUAUUAUCUUCACAUGGAAUUAUGAGUGGCGAGAUGACAGUUGGUGAUUUGGUCAUGGUAAAUGGGCUUCUCUUCCAACUGUCUCUUCCUCUGAAUUUUCUUGGUAGUGUAUAUCGUGAGACCAUACAGAGUCUUGUUGACAUGAAGUCCAUGUUUCAGUUGUUGGAGGAGAGGCCUGAGGUUAGAGAUAAAGAUGACGCAAAGCCUUUUAAGUUGGAUGGAGGGCACAUACAGUUUGACAAUGUACAGUUUAGCUACGUGACAGAAAGAAAGAUUCUUGAUGGGGUAUCUUUUGUUGUACCAGCUGGGAAAAGUGUGGCUAUUGUUGGAACCAGUGGAAGUGGCAAGUCGACCAUUCUUAGAUUGCUCUUCAGGUUCUUUGACAUCCAUUCCGGAAGUAUAAAGAUAGAUGGCCAAGAUAUUCGUGAGGUUACUCUUGCGAGUCUACGAAAAUCUAUAGGUGCUGUGCCACAAGAUACGGUACUUUUCAAUGACACAAUAUUUCAUAACAUUCAUUAUGGUCGACUUUCGGCAACAGAAGAAGAAGUGUAUGAUGCUGCUCGACGUGCAGCAAUCCAUGAGACUAUCAUGAACUUCCCUGAGAAAUAUUCUACUGUUGUGGGGGAACGAGGGCUGAAGUUAAGUGGCGGAGAAAAGCAGCGUGUGGCAUUAGCUCGUGCAUUUUUGAAAGCCCCUGCAAUUCUGUUGUGUGAUGAAGCUACAAGUGCUCUGGACAGCACAACCGAGGCGGAGAUUUUAAGUGCAUUGAAUUCCCUAGCAAGUAACAGAACUUCAGUUUUCAUUGCUCAUAGGCUUACCACCGCAAUGCAGUGUGAUGAGAUCGUAGUUCUGGAGAAUGGGAAGGUCGUUGAAAAUGGAUCCCAUGAAGUUCUCUUGUCAAAGCCAGGAAGAUACGCACAGCUGUGGGGACAGCAAAAUAACACUGUGGAUGCACUUGAUACAGCCAUCAAACUGGAGACUUGAAUGUCCUCCUCCCUUCUCCCUUCCUCUCCAGGAGAAAAGUGAAAGGAAACCUUGUAAAAGGAAUUGGAAUUCAGUCGUUUCUUGGUUUUUUUUAUUUUGAUUUCGUUCUACAUAAACAAUGUUCGUCAAGUUGAUUUAUAGUAAAAAGGAAGAUUGCCUAUCUUCUUAUAUAAAUAAAGAAAAUGUGUAAGCAAG